CCUAAGAUGUACACCAAACUCUAUCCCCAAAAAAAAAAAACAUAAAAGAAAGAGCAUUUAUGGAGAUCCCAGUGAUGAGAGAUGAGCCGGUAACACCCGCCGGCCGGCUAUUUCUUCAGCCGGAGAUGAACCAAGUAAUACACGCACUCAUCGGAGUGAAGUAUCCAUGGGAUGUGGAAGCGGUUAAAUCGGAGAUCGGGAAUUCCCUAAUGGUCAAACACCCAAGAUUCAGCAGCCUCAUGGUAAGAGAUUCCUGCGGCCGCGAAAAGUGGCGUAGAACCCGGGUCAACGUGGACGACCACUUCGUCAUCCGCCGCGAGCCGCUAAACGACACCGUGUCGGACGAGGAUGCCGUCAACGAAUACCUCGCCGACCUCGCCGUCUCCUCGCCGCUCCCCGCCGACAAGCCCUUGUGGGAAAUCCAUCUCCUUUUGGCUCACAAUUGCGCCGUCCUACGGAUUCACCACUCUUUGGGGGACGGGAUUUCCAUCGUCUCCUUGUUCAUGUCGUGUUGCCGGAAAAUUGGGGACCCCACCCAAACUCCGGCGAUCGGCGGCGGCGCUCCGACGAGGCCGCGGCGGAGGUGGAGCUUUAAGAGACUGAUGAUGGUGUUGUGGUACACGCUGGUGUACGUUUUGGAGUUUGCGCUGAGGAGUUUGUGGUUGAAAGAUAAGCCCACCGCCGUGAGCGGCGGAGAUGGGGUGGAGCUCUGGCCCCGGAAGCUCGCCACCGCCAAGUUCACCAUUGACGACAUGAAAACAGUUAAGAAGGCGGUUGCUGACGCGACCAUUAACGAUGUUCUUUUCGGAGUGAUAGCAUGUGGGCUGUCUAGGUACCUGGACAUGCGUUCAUCCAAAGGUUUGCGGGAUGGUCUUCAGAUUACUGGUGUUGCCAUGGUGAAUUUAAGGCCACAACCUGGACUUCAGGAUGUUAUCAAGUUGAUGAAUAGUAAAUCGGGCACGCGGUGGGGUAACAAAAUUGGGAUUUUACUGUUGCCUGUAAAUUAUUACCGCAAUGCUGGCAGUGGCAGUGAUCCUCUCAAGUUUGUGAAGAGAGCAAAAGCCAUGAUUGACAAGAAGAAGUUGUCGUUAGAAGCUCUCUGCUCCUACAAAGUCGGCUAUCUUGUCAUGUCUUUACUUGGUGCAAAGGUGGCGAGCAUUCUUAACUACCGGGUCGUGUGCAACUCGACGUUCACCAUCUCGAAUGUGGUUGGCCCUCAAGAAGAGAUCUCUUUUGCGGGACACCCCAUAACUUACAUCAGAGCAAAUUCAUCAAGCUUACCUCAUGCCAUUACAAUGCACAUGUUGAGCUACGCUGGGAAAGCAGAGCUGCAGAUCUUGGUAGCCAAAGACAUUAUACCUGACCCCAAAGUUCUUGCCAAGUGUUUUGAAGAUUCAUUGAUGGAGAUGAAAGCAGCAGCGGAACAGUCUAUACCCAAAACUUGAAAUCUAUAUGUGCGCACAAACAACAUCAUAGGAUCAUAGAACCAUAUCAUUUUAUACGUUGCAAAGAAUAACAAUAAGGAUAUAGAAAUUCCAUACAAUAAUAAUGUUGUUGGGUAUUUGAAAUUUUGUAAUUUUAUUGAAUUAGUGGAAGUCAAUUGUUAAAUGUAAUUUUAUGCA